UUGAAGUAUCAGUUGGAAUAUCAGUUGAAGUUUCAGUUGGAAUAUCAGUUGAAGUAUCAGUUGGAAUAUCAGUCGAAGUAUCAGUUGGAAUGUCAGUUGAAGUUUCAGUUGGAAUAUCUAUUGAAGUAUCAGUUGGAAUAUCAGUUGAAGUAUCAGUUGGAGUUGGAGUAUCAGGAGUUGGAGUUGGGGUAUCAGGAAUUGGAGUUGGGGUAUCAGGAGUUGGAGUUGGGGUAUCAGGAGUUGGAGUUGGGGUAUCAGGAGUUGGAGUUGGAGUUGGGGUAUCAGGAGUUGGAGUUGGAGUAUCAGGAGUUGGAGUUGGAGUUGGGGUAUCAGGAGUUGGAGUUGGGGUAUCUUGA